GCAUCAAAACGAGAUAGCAUUAGUGGAUAGCGGCUCGAAGGGAGGUGCAUAUAGGCAAACUUUCUACUCAAUAGCGAAAUGCAAAAAACUUUCUUGUUAUUCUAAUUGUUAUUUUAAUUGUAAUAUUGUUAAAUACUGUUAUAAUCCUUGUACUGAGUUGUGUUCUACACGUAUUGGAGCGUUUAAUCCUUGUUGAUGUUUACUAGUUAGACGUUCACUGUGAACUUGGAAAAUGUGCUAAAAAACAAGGGUGUAAAUAAUGUCCUGGGCUCAAAGGAGAGGGCCCACAAGACCCAAUAACACCACACCUAAUCCCCCAACAGACUCUUAUCAUCCAAUUCAACAUUCCAACGAUCCUCAGUGGCAGUCGUCUGCCACGCAAGGAUGGCAGCAACCUGCCUCCCAACCACCUACUGCUUUUCAGGCGAUUCAAAGGCAACACUGGUCUCAAACGAACGCAGCAUCAAAUGAAGCUUCUAUUCCAGAGAACACUGGUCAGUACCAGCUGUUACAACCAUCCAACCAGUCAGCCUAUUAUCAAACUACCGGUGCAGGAUACAAUCAACAGCAGGCCUAUGGUAAUGUGCAAUACUCACAGCAAAUGGAUCAAAAUAAUCUCUAUGCCGCACAGCAGUCCUCUAAUGAUUGGGGCAAUUGGGGCUGGGGCGAUGACGAUAAUUCCAACGCACCCGCCACUGGAUCUACGCAACCACAGAUUCUAUCAAAUCAAAUGAUGAUAGCGGAUAGUUUUACUGCCACUGACGAGUCGUGGAACUGGACGUCGUUGGACUCCACUCAACAAAAGAGCGUGGAUGAUAAUUGCAAGCAGCAAGCACAGCCAUUGUUUCCAACAAUUGGAGAUUUAAAAUCCAAAUGCGAAGUCGGUAAUCGGAAAAAGUUGGAAACUCCUCAGUGGUCAACAGAGUCUCAGCCUUCUUUGGAAUCAUCCGAUGAUGUUUUGCAAACAUCGGAAAGUGAUAAGAGUCAUUUGAUGUCAAGGUCGUCUACUAUAAGCCAUUCGCCCAUUUCCGGACAGGAGCUGUUACCCUCCAUCCUGCAACUGCCCAGUCAACCGGAAGAAUUUGGAGCUACGAACCAACAACAACUGGAAAACAAAGAGAAUUUGAAACAAGUCGUGACUGAAAACAAACGAGUUAAUUCCACUCCACCACUCCCAAUUAGUGGCAAUGCUCCGCCUUUAUUGCUUCCGCCUCAAGGUCCUUCAGAUGCCUCCAGAAACCCUUACAAGCGUACGGUUGGUCUGCCCCAUCAAAACGCUGCCUCUUUUAAAUCUGAAAUAAAACAACCUACACCGAUUCCCACUUUCAAUCAACCUGUUAAUUUGGAAACGAUUCCCGAUAAUUCAGAGCAUCCAGAUCAACCUUUAGUGACUGGAAAAAGCAAUCCAAAUUGGCCACAAACGGAUAACAACGAAGCGCCGAUUAACGAUCGUAAUCAAUACUUGGAAACUGGGCAAUUGUCCGAAAUGAAUUCAGCAGACAUACAGGAAGCAGUGGAUCCUGGUAAUGAUACGUUGCCACCCCCAGGGCUCCAACGAAUGAUCCCAGGUCAGCUGGAACAAAAGGAAAUUGGAGGAAGAGCCGAUCAACUUCCUGGGUUCAGUCGGAUGGUCUUAGGGCAGAAUGGAAACGCUUCUAAUAUCUCAAAUCAAGUUACGCCGAGGUUCGACCUCAGACAGGGACCGCCCGAGGGCUUACACCGCAUGGUUCCUGGAGAGUCCAGUUCCCCGGAAACUUCUUUGCGUCGGCAGAACGUGGAAGAAAACGAUUCAGAGCGGGAGCUGGUCCAUGAGGUUCAGCCUCCAAGAUCAGCUACUAUCGGCGCUGAUACUCCUCCUAUUCAAACCCAGAUGAUUUUGUCUCCAUUGUCAGUAUCUCCUAAUUUAGUUGUUGAUCAUCCAGACUUACCUCAAGGUCCUUUACCAAACGAGUCAAAGCUCAUGAAAAGUGUAAAACUCGCCAACGAAAAAAUAGAUCAGUCAGAAAGCAGAAGGGAGACAACUGAUGGUGAGGUUGCUGGUCUGACUAGAGCUGUACGUAAUCUCACGGUGGGGGAAAAUUUGACUGACGGAACGUCAAACAACAGUCAACCCGAACUGUCGCCACGUCGGCAGAGCCGACAAGAGAGCAGUGAAAGUGAGAGCGAUAGAAAGAAUGCCAGGAGCCACCGAGACAGGAGGUCGGCCGAAAAGCUCAAGUCCAGAGAUAAGGAUAGAGAGCGCUAUAAGGAGAGAGAUAUUGACCGUGACAGGGGUAGAGAGAGAAAUAGUGAUCGAUUCUCCCCCGAUCCUUACAGGGACAAGAGAGAUGGCAGAGGUAGACGUUAUCGGGAUAGGCGAUACGAAGACGAAACUGAUUAUUACAGUGAUAAGGAUAGAAAAUUACGAGACGAUAGGGAACGAGAUUAUGAAAAGAAGUAUAGUAGUCUUCGAAAAGACAAAGAACGGAGGCGAAAAGAUCGCGAUCCGAGGGAAAUUCGAGAAGCCUCUAGAAGGGUCGAUUAUUACUAUUAUGAUAGAGCUAGUCGGCCUUCAAGUCGAGAUUCUAUGCAUGAGUCUUACAGAGAAAGACGUCAUGAGCCGGAUUCUCGGGACAGGCGACCACCUAGAGAUCGUUACAGAAGCAGAGACCAUAAAGAUCAAUACAACCCUUAUCAAAGUUUUGCUUAUGAUCCAUACAAUCCUUAUUAUCAGCAAUAUCAGUACUACGAGAAUCUGAGGCGAACUAACCCUCAGGCAUACGCGGAAUGGUAUCGCAAAUACUAUCAGCAGGCUACUGGGAGUACCGCUUCUUUUGCUGGCGAAGAUAGAGCAUCUGUGCACUCCGGUAGGAGUUCUGCCAAUGAGGAGGUGGGAAAAGACAGGUACAUGAGACAAAGUUUUUAUAGCCAGUCGAACUACUACGGACAGUCCCAUUCCAUAUCGGGCCAUUAUGGUCUCGAUGAUACUAGUAAUACCUUCAAUAGGGUUUUGGACCAAACCGAUACUUCUCUGGCCUGCGAAGAUCAGCCAUCGGCUAUACAACGGCUCACACCAACUAAAUUCUCAACUGCUCAUUUGAAGGCUUCUAUAGCAUCUGGAAAUCUAAUAAAAAUAUUGCCCCAUUAUCCCAUGGACGGACAAAGCGCUGUUGUCCACGUGUCUAGUUUGCGAACUUUGGUAGAAAGCGAUCCGAAUUAUAUGGAACUAAGUUGCUUUCCUGGACCAUUGAGUAAAGGAGUUACCCACAAGAAGCAAAUUAUCGAGUAUUGUGAAAGCAAAAUUAAAGGAGCCUACAGCAGAAAUAUUAUAGAUAUUGAAUCGUACGUUUUAUUGUGGGAGUUGCUUAUUCUGCUAAUUCGGCAAAACGGCAUGGUAGUUGGUACUGACAUUGCGGAACUCCUACUGAAAGAUCGAGUUGGGGGACUGGCACCCAGGCCUGCAUCAGCGCUGUCUACUUCAAGUAGCAAUGUUUUGGAAAAGAAUGAAAUAUCAGCAGUGGUCAACCAGCCGGCAUCCGAGAAUGGGAGCACACAGUCAGUUUUGAAGGAGGAAGAAGUGACUAGGAGGUUCAGAGAAUAUCUUUUAUAUGGCUCGUGCCAGGAAGCAUUGGUGUGCUUCGGACGAAAAAUGGGGCGACUGGCGACCCCACCUUGCUAUGAUUCUCUCGAAUUCGACUCAGAGGCCGGAACUAAACUGUAAAGCGAUCACACAGUUAGGCGACACACUGCUGAACAUAGGCAGCCUUUAUGCCGCUCAGUUCUGCUAUUUGAUGGCGGAAGUGGGAUUUGGCAGACAUGGAGAUUCCACCAGUCGUUUGGUUCUUUUGGGCUCCGAUCACAGAAAUCCGUAUCCACAAUUUGUCACCAACGAGGCCAUUCACAUGACCGAAAUAUAUGAGUUUGCCUGCAGCUUGAACGAUCAGGAUUUCCACAUUUCUCAGUUUCAGCUAUACAAGUUUAUACUGGCAACAAGACUGGCCGAUGUUGGUCUUCUACAAAAAUCUUUACAAUAUCUGGAAAGGCUGGCUGUUCGCAUUAUUUACAACCCUGUUGGCGCACCUCCAGGCCUGGUGGAUAGCGUUUGUACAUUGGCCGACAGACUAAAGUUUUAUGAUCCUGUUGGUGAUAUCGAGGAUGAGUCAUCGUUUGGUGAUGCUCUGGACACCAGCCGGCCUGAUAAUUCCUGGCUGAAGGAUCUAAGAGCUGUUUUGAAUGACAAUCAGCCUUCAAAGCCAAAGGAAGACGAACAUCCGGAUUUCCAUUUAACUCAGCACCCGUUAGAACAGCCAAACUUUGAUCAAAGUCAUGAUGUUUGGCAGCAGGAGCAACAGCAAUACGAUCAACAGCAGCAGCAGCAAUUUGAUCAGCAGCAGCGACAUUAUAAAGAGUCAUCAGUUUGGUCAACUGAAUUACAGUCCCAUUCCAACCAAGGGUAUCAAGUGCACGAUAAGCAACAGUUGCAGAAUGUACAACAUCCUUAUCAAGAUCAAUCAAAAUUCUGGGCCGGUCAGGCCGCGCAGGCCUGGGUGGACCCAACAGCUGCAUAUGGACAGGAGACGAACCAUAGCGAUCAAGUAACCCAACCGGAUCAAUUGUCAUUCUUUGCAACUUCUAAUAAUAAGGCUGAGCUGAAGGUAGAGAAAGAGGCGGCCGAAGGCCUGCCGCAGCUCCAGACAUCUUUACCGAAUCAGGCGAAAGAUAAAGUCGCCUACGAUCAAGAGCCUCUAGCUCACGAAAAGCACACCAGUUUAUCGAAAGCUCCGUCAAAAUCGGCGAACCAAACCACUGGCUGGUUCGGCGGCAUCUUCAGCAAGUUGUCUAUGAAGCCGAAGAACCAGAUGAAAUUGCCUGAUGACAAAAAUCCCAAGAUCGUUUGGGAUGAAAACAAGAAGAGGUGGACUAACGUGGACGCUGAUCCGAACGAGACGGCAAAUGAAUUUAAGCCGCCGCCCAAAAUGCUCCAGUUUCAGUCAGUUGGAGGGUCAGGUAUGGACAGUGCUAGCACGAGUAGUUUGGGCUUCAGCUCAGUAGAUCGCGCCAGUUUUACCCCCUCCGGACCCACGUCACUGCCUCUCUUAGGUGCUGCUGUUAAAGAGGACGUACCAACGUCGAACCCGUCUUUGUCCAAUAUGUUCAAAAUGCAAAAACGACGAAAUUUAAAAAAUUCCUAUGUGGAUGUUUUCAAACAGAACGAGGCGAAAACCAACAAAGAGCAGGCCCCUUUGGUUGCCCUGGAGCAGGUGCCUUUGGUUGCUCCUACCCAAAUAAACUUCUUUGUUCCGCAAGCGAUAUCGGAUGCAAACGCUCCAGUGGACUUUUUAACACCGGGCGGCGUUCUAGCUCCCAUAGGCGAUCAACAGAACAAAUAGGACCUUUCAUCCGUAGAAAUGCUGACGGUAUCUGAAGUUUCCAGUUUUCGAUAAAAAUGUAUUGUAUGAGGAGAACUCAACCUACAGCUUGUUAUUAAUAUAUUGGUGGCUUCGAUAUACAUAUGUAAAAUAAAACAUUUGUUCAUUGUAUAAUUAUAUACUGUUUACCUAGAAAAAUAAAAUAAAUUAUAGGCAAGGUUAUCCCAGAA